AUGUCUGAUCCGCGCUCCGAGCUUCAAUCCACACUCCGCAGUCUAGCCAUUGGCGAGAAAGGGCCCAUUCAGGAUGUUGCACGUCCCAGUGUGAAAGCGGCCGCCGGGUCUGGGCAUGUCACGUCUGCGCCAGAACCAAAACACACCGCCAAGAAAACCGUCGCCGACUCCUGGGAAGAUGAGGCAGACCUCUCGUCGGACGAUGAGCCCGCGCUGAAGACGGCCCUGGCCUCUCCAUCUAUCGCCUCGCCUACUAUUAGUGCAGAGGGUCCGCUGGAUCCUCCACCGACCCCGAUCUCCCCACAGACCUCGCAGCCAUGGGGUCCUGGCCGGCCAGAGUCCCCUGCUGCGCGACAGAAAGACCCGAAUCGCCGGCCCGAAAAGCAGACCGCGGUUGCUGGCCGGUUGAUUGCCGGGGCGCUGGGGAUUCGAGCCCCAAAACGUACGGAAGAACAGCGGGCUUACGACCGAUCCGUGAAGGAGCAGGAAAUCCGACGCCGGAAUCGAGAACGCGAGGAGCAAGCCAAGGCCAAGGAAGAAGAGGAACGGCUGAAGACAUCUGUUUGGACUGACUAG